AUGGCAUUUGUGGAGAGGUGGCAUCCAGAGACCUCGUCCUUUCAUAUUCCUCACGGUGAGAUUACCAUCACUUUGUACGAGAUUGCAUGCCUCAUGCAUCUACCUAUCAGGGGUAUCCUCCUUAGUCAUGGUAGGCUGACGAAUGAAGCGAUGGAGAUGCUGAUUGAGAAGCUAGAGGCUGAUCCUGCUGAUGCGCUUGAGGAGAUGGAGAGGACGCGCGGGGCGCACGUGAGGUUUCACACCUUGCAGCAGAUAUAUGAUGAGGAGCUUCUUGCAACACAUCAGGCUGCUGGUGACGAGGCUGAAGCUGAUAUACAUAGAGAGUGGGUGCUGAGAUGUUACUUACUAUAUUUAAUAGGCACUCAGCUCUUUGUAGACACGAGCUCGACGUACAUAGACGUCGUUUACCUGACGUACUUAUCGGAUAUCGCACGUGUCCACGAGUACAACUUGGGAGCGGCUAUACUGGCGUACACCUACCACAUACUCGGAAAGGGAAGCCUGUGGAAGGCAAGGACUGUGGUUGGAAGUUGUACCCUAUUAGUGGGAGAGGUGUCGGGUUACACUGAGGACAUGUCGCAUGCCAGAGUCUUCACCUCCCUCAGAGGGAACCAAAUGUCGAAUUCUUACAGGCGCUAUCUUGACUGCAUGGCUGCUGAGGACAUCCACUACGAAUGCUACGCUGACCAUUGUGAGAAGGUUCCGUUUGAUGAGAUCGCACUAUAUUCUGGAUGGUUGGCUUCCAGUUUGACCAUCAUUGUUCGUUAUCUUCCGGAGCGUGUCAUACGUCAUGACCCGCCGACAGCUAGAUGA